UGCAACAAUGAAAGUGUUAAAUAAUUAAAUUGUGGAAGCAACAGUAGCCUGUAACUCUAGUGCCAGUGGCACCAGGCAAAAGUGCAAAGAUACGGGCCCGGAUCACAUGGAAAACAGGGUCCGUGCUGCUAAAAAGAUAUUAUUAAGGCAAAGUGUGUGCUUUAAAUCAAUUAUAGGCAAUUAAUAAUGCAUUUAUAGACAGGCGUCUCGUCGGGCCGCGCGCUUACAAGUUGCAUUAAAUUACACGAAAAAAUAAAUGUAAGAGCGCGACACAAGUGCAAUCGAAAAAUCGGGCUGAGAAGUCGACGUUGUAAGGCAAGGCAAUAGAGAAAUUUCUGGCGCAUACGCCCACACACAUAAGCAAAAACAAAACCGCCUCACCAACUCCCGCCCACCCAUAAAAGCAGCGCAAUGUCGUCUACGUCAGAGCGCAAACGCUACCACAAGGACAACGCGCCCACCGAUGAUAUAUUAACACUUAUAAAUCUAGUACGCCAGAAUCCUGCACUAUAUAAUUAUAAACUGCAGCCGAAUCAACGACGCCGCUCGGACAUUCUUAGUGGUUGGCAGGAGGUGGCUCAGCAAAUUGGCAAUAAAUACACCGUCCAGGAGGUGCGGCGAAAGUGGAAGAAUCUACGCGAUACAUACCAUCAGUAUCGCCUGCGCACCCCGAAAUGUAUUGAGGGACGUCUAUCCAAGUGGCGCUACGCUAAGGAGCUCGAAUUUCUAUCGAAAGUGUAUCAGCCGAAGCUUAAAUCGCAGCGCCAGCAGUCCUACGAUGCCAGUACCACGACUACAUUACCUAUUGGCGCCAUGUUGCAGCUGAAGCCGCAAGACGAUGAUGACGAGGAUGUUGUGGACGAUGAUGGGCAAUCGGACCAUGCACUUUCGCAUCACGCAACCACACAAAUCACCAUGGUCAACGACGAAACUGAAACCUUCAUACUAACCGCGUACGAGGAGAGCGUUGCCGAUGACGUAGUCACCCACCAUCACACACACUCGAGUGGACAUCACCAUCAGCAUCAUCACCACCACCAUCACCACCAGUCGCAGCACGAUGGCAGCAUCUCCAGCAUCGAGCUUUCUCACAUUACAACGGAUGACGUCGUCGACGAUGUGGACGACGACGAUGAUGUUGAUCAGGAUGGCCAGGUGGUGGAUAUUGUUAAGCAUGAGCUCGAUGAAGACGGUGCCACCGGUGCUGAGGUUGACUAUGAGGAGGUCUGUCUCUAUGAGGAGGCCACUGGUGCCCAUACAAGCGUUGAUUGCGAAAUGGGUGUAGGUGAUGGAGUGGAUGGGAGCAGCGAUGUCACCGACAGCAAGAGUUUCCACUACAUUGAUGCUCAUGAUUUUUGCAUAGCCGACAUUGAGUCCCAAACAGAAGCCCAAGUACGUGGACAGCAUCACUUCAGCAGCCACUCCGCAACUAUUCCGAGCAGCUCCAGUGUCGUGUCCAACAGCGUACUCAGCGGUGGCGCAGUUGUGGCCGAUGCCAAACUAAAGAAUCUCACGCUGGUUACCACAACGGCUGCCGCCCCCAGCACCCAUCGCCACGAUGGCGCGCAUCAGCAGAUCGCGCUGGUCGAUGUCACAGAGGCCACCAGCACCAGCGUGACCAUAUCAAGCACACCAGCUGUCGCUCUGACAGCCGCCACAGUGACAACUACAGCGGCAGCAGCUCUUUGCAAUACAACAUCGUUUACCACCCCCACGGCCGCCAUACUCCAGCUGCCGCCAUUGACCUCCGCCUCUCUGAGUGGCGCCGGUACGCCCAUAAAUACAGUGAGCGCGGCAGCAAGCAGCACAUUCAUUACUGAGGAACAGCAGCACUCGAAUGCGCUGGCUAAGCGGGAUGAGCUGGACUUGUUCUUUGAUUUUCUAAAGAAGAAGAUGCAAUGCUUCUCCCGUACCCAGAUCACGCACAUACAAAUGGAGUUCUUGAAUUGUGUCAUGCGACAGGAGGUUGCAGAGCAGGAUCCCAAGGAUUAGAUGAGCGCUCACCACAUAAAUAAAUACUUCGACACACCCCCACGUAUAUACUUAGAUAUUGAAAUAAUAUAGUUGCAUAAUGCAGGGUUAAAUUUCAUACCGUUUCCAGUUACUGCGGUCGUUUAGUGUUCUAUAGCUCUAGCUCGAUUUACUCUUUACUUAUGUAUGUUGUCGUCUAUAGCCAAGUGUGCCCGCCACCUCGGGCACAAUUUUUCCAAACUUAAUGUAAAAUAAAUUACAUACAUGCCACAACAAGGAAA